AUGCACCUCCAUAUUGGCCUUGAAGCAGAUCUUGCGCUCACCCUCGCAACACCCUCUGCGGGAGGCGGCAAUGUGGUUGAUCGUGCUCGAGACACCAUGAUUGGUCUGUGUUCCGAGCUGAGCUGGGAGAGAGUCGUGGUUGGUAUGCCGAGCAUGCGGCCUUGUGCCACACUCGGUAUGUUGGUACAGUCCUCGGCUUGCAUACGGAUAAUGGCUGCUGCCGUGUCUUCACUCUCGCUAAUCUACUCCAAGUAUGGCCUUGUUACCAGCACAGCAGCCACACACUUCGGCAUAACCACGUCUCUGGGUUCUUUCGCGCUGUUGCCAACGCUCUUGGCAGCCUCACAAAAACCUCCAAUUCAUGCAAUGGCGACCUUGUUUGUCACAUGA